UGGUUUCUGCUUCAAAGUUCAUUGGUUGUAUUACUGUUACCUUUAUGAGUGAUUAACAUUUCGAACUAUGAAGAUCAGAGAACUUGAUAUGAAAUUACAGACAUUAUCAACGUUUGAAAAACCAAAAAUCAAUUUGGAACAGUAUUCCACUAGUUCACACAUAGCUUCAAGAAUGUUAUAUGUAGCUCAAACUCAGUUUUGUGAUAUUGAAAAUCAGUGUGUUGCUGAUUUAGGAACUGGCUGCGGAAUUUUAUCAUUAGGAGCCUCUCUCUUGGGAGCUGCAUACGUCAUGGGAUUCGAUAUCGACGAAAGUGCAAUAAAAAUUUGGCAUAAGAAUCGUCAGAAAUUGAAAAUGCCCAUAGAAUCUGUUUGCUGUGAUAUAAUGUCUUUCUUACCAGGACAUUAUGAAAAUUUCUUCCACACUGUUCUAAUGAAUCCACCGUUUGGUACCAAGCACAAUCAUGGGAUGGACAUACAAUUUUUAGAUGUUGCUUCAAAAAUAUCGUGUAAAGUGAUAUAUUCACUUCAUAAGACAAGUACUCGAAAUCAUAUUCUUCAAAAAGCUCAGCAAUUUGGUUUGAAAAGUCAAGUUAUAGCAGAAUUACGAUUUGAUGUACCUUCUACUUAUAAGUUUCAUAAAAAAAAAAGUGUUGAUAUAGCAGUUGAUUUUAUAAGAUUUUUAGUCAAUAAAUAGGUGUCAUUCAA